AUGAAGGACGAAGAAAUCUUAGAGGAAAUGAAGAGCGAGAAAGUUAUCAAAGUUGAACGCAUCAUGAAAAAAAUCGACGGUGUCCUCACCAAAACUUCAUCCCUAAUUCUAACUAUCUCAACCGCCUUGCGUCCAGAUAAAAUAAAGGUUGGCUUUCUAUAUGUGCCGACUCGACCAUAUUAUCCAAGACCUAUGCGCUGCUUCCAAUGCCUUCGAUACGGACAUCUUGGACGAGAUUGUAAAGCAGAAAAAACAUGUGUGAAUUGUGGAGACAACUUUCACGGUGACGAUUGCACCAAAAAAGCGAAAUGCGUUAAUUGUCAAAAGCCUCAUGAGGCAACAAGUCCUGACUAUGAUAUGUGGAGAAAAGAAACUGCAAUUAUUCAUCUGCGAAUUGGUAAUAACAUACCCUACCGAGAUGCCAGAAAGUUGUAUGAACAACAAAACCAAACGAGAUUAAGUUACGCCUCUACAACAGCGCUAGGUGCUGAUGGAUGCAAAUGCAAAUGCACAUGCAAUAAAACCCCAGAGAAUUUUAGAACAACCGAAGUUGUGUCGGCCACACCGCAACCCAUCCAGAACACCCCAGAGCCAACUGGAAUUACGGAAAUUGCUGACGAAGAGAGAACUCCCACGAAUACCGCCAAAUCACAAGCCAGCACGAGUGAAGAUAACACCCCACCACCACCGAAACAGAAAAAAAAAACAAAACAGCUAUGA